UUCCAUUCACCUAAGAUUUCUUUUUCCAUUUUCUUGAAAUUUCCUAAAGAAAGAACAUAUUACAUAUAUACUUUGCUUCAAAGGAUCCAAAAUGGUUCCUUUCCAAUAACACACAUAACACAACACUUAUACCUCAAGCAAAGUGCAAGUUAACACAAAACUUGAGCUCAGCAACAAUCUUUAUCAUUUACUAAAUCCUCCCCUGCAAACUUCGCCAUCAUGUCUAAUUUUUUUAAAAUUAUUGCGUGAAAGAAGCAUUCAAGAAACUGAUCACCCUCAGAAAUUAAUCAUCUAGAUUCCUGCAUCAAGAUUCUAAUCUUGUUUAUGAGACAGAGAGACAUAAGAAAGCUGUGUGAAGAGGUGGUUUAUGAAGAGGAAUAGGAGGCAGAAGAAUUAUAAAGCUGGGAAAGCAAGGGGAUCAGUUGGGAUUGUUUGAUUGCAUCAAUGAAAUUACAUCCAUGCUGGCUUUUACUAGGAUGACGGACUCUUCUUCUGCUUACCGUGUGGAAACCACGUCCAGACUUGCUCAAUGGAGGAUCGACAAUUUGGCCUCUUGUACUUAUCGCAAAUCAGAUCCUUUCAAGAUCGGCAAGUGGAAUUGGCAUUUAGCUGUGGAAAAGAGCAGGAGUUUGUUGAUUAAGUUGUACCCAGAGGUAUCAAGUUUAGCAAAAAGUAAUCCUCCAGUUGCAUCUUUCAUCAUUCGAGUCGUGUCUUCACUAGGAAAUCGGACCACCUUGGCUCAUCCAGUGAUUACUGAUAGGCAAAUCAAGAACAACGAAGAUUUUGUUUGGGCACUUGAGGUUCCUUUGACAGGGAAAUUCAUCAUCGAUGUUGAAUUCCUUGAUUUGAAGACUGCCUCCCCAAAUGGUGAGGAACUUUGCUCCAUCUGGGCUGAAGGAGAAACACAAAGAGAAUCAAAUGCAACAGCUGUGACAGCACUCGGGCGCAUGUUAUCUGAGAGCAUACACACGGAUAUUGUAAUCAAUGCUUCUGACGGAAGCAUAGGAGCUCAUCGUGCAGUUCUAGCUGCAAGGUCACCAGUAUUCCGCAGCAUGUUCUCUCAUGACCUUAAAGAGAAAGAGCUGUCCACCGUAAACAUCUCUGACAUGUCAAGUGAAGUUUGUUAUGUUUUCCUCAGUUACAUCUAUGGGAACAUACAGAACGAGGUAUUUCUAACUCACCGGCUGGCACUCCUCCAGGCAGCUGAUAAGUACGAUGUCUCUGAUUUGAAAGAGGCAUGCCAUGAUAGCCUACUUGAAGAUAUCGAUGCCAAGAAUGUACUGGAUCGCCUUGAACAUGCUUUUCUGUAUCAAUUGCCAAAACUGAAGAGCAGCUGCAUGCAGUAUCUUGUGAAGUUUGGCAAAAUAUAUGAUCUUCGGGACGAUUUGAAUACCUUUCUGCAGUCGGCGGAUAGGGAUCUCAUAUUUGAUAUCUUUCAUGAAGUUCUUGCAACAUGGAAAGGCUUCUGAAGCAAUAGUGAACAAAUAUGCAUCUGUUCAGUACAUGAUUGUUUGUACAAAAUUUGUUGCCUUGAAAUUCAAGCAUUCUUUUGCUGAAAUGAAAUUGUUUGCCUAAAUGUACAGUACAAAUUCACAGCAAAAUCUAACAAUGUUGUUGCUAGGCUCUACAAGCUAGAGUAUUUAUUACCAUUUUAGUCUGUAUUUAUACCAAGUUACUGAUAUAUAUAGACUGAUUCACUGAAA